AUGUCUGAGAUGGCAAACACAAACAUCCCCGAUUUCUACACAUCGCAACGCAAUUUAUAUUGCCUCGCACAAGCCAAUCAACCUGCCAGCCUAUCACGUUCUAUCCAGAUACGAUCUAGACGACAGAUAUGUCCCAAUUCUUCCUUUGCCCGACUCGCAUUGCCAGUCGUCUUUGGCUACCGAGGCGCUUUGAGGCGCUCUCCGUUCGCUAGACAAGGGGAGGCUAUUUGCCAUCGAACUUGCUUGGCUGUUGUUGAGGAGGAAGGGCUAUGGUCUGCAAACCGUAGAGGAACCGUGUGGAUAAGAAUAGAGACUGUCGAGGGUCCACCUGAUCAAGUUUCGGAGAUGGCAUCGAGAUGUUUCGCCAAGAAUAAGUUGUUGGUGUCGCACCAUGAGGCUCCCCUGUCCAACAUGGCAACGCGGGAAAAGCAGUACAAAACCCGUCGCUGGGGCCUCUCCUUGGUUACUAGAGUCUCGUCGGACGCUGGCCCUCACACCCGCGCGCUGCAUUCGCUGUUUGCCAUCAUUUGCUUCUGGAGUCUUACAUGUUCUGUCGUGGCCGCUGCAGUAUCAAAUGACCGCCAACCGCUGCUCGUGCAAGACGACUUAGUUUGGACCGGAGCGUCGCUGUUACUCGACCGUCGUCCACCACCAAUAGCACCACUUUUAAUGCCUCCAGUUCACGACCGCGACCAUGUCAUCGAAACAGUGUAUAUACCGUCGAAGAGAUCAAUAGCCACCGAUGCCAAACGCUCCACGGCGGAGUUUGAGCUCCCCAAGGCCUUUGACACUGGCCUCUCGAACAACUUUACGAGCUCAUGCGCCAGAUUCAUCAACCGCAUGCGCACCAACGAGAGCUUUAUGAGCUGUCAUCCCUUUUCAUUAUUGCUUCAGACUUCUAGUGGAUUUUUCGACGCAUCAAAAUCAGUCCUCCGCAUCACCCAGACGCUGGAUGCAACCUGUGGAGCUGAUGCAACACGAUGUCGCACAACACUCGACGGCUUUGCAAGGGAGCUCGUAUCACCAACAGCAUGCGAAACCGACUACGACAACAACAACCCACUUGUCCUACAGGCCUACAAUGGACUGGUUGCGUAUCAGCCUUCUUACCAGGCAAGCUGCCUGAGAGAUAACCAGGGCAACUACUGCUUCGCGAACGCUGUCAGCAACUCAUCCUCCCCGACAGACUCGUACGCGUACUAUCUACCCAUUGGCCAGGAAAUGCCCGGCGGAUCCCGACCUACGUGUAAUUCUUGCUUGCAACAGGCCAUGGGCGUCUUUUCUCGCUAUGCAAACAACGCUACCCAACCUGUAUCGAAGACAUAUACCACGGCAGCACAACAGCUCUCCAUAUCCUGCGGUUCUACUUUCGUCAACGUCACGGCAGCACCCCUAAAGGCAGCCGCACCCACAGCAACUGCAUCCAUCACACCUACGAUGACUCUCAUACUAAUGUUUGUACUCUACAUGUUCCAAUAA